CAACGGCAACCUGUCACACGCUCGACAAUGGCGUCCUGGCGACGCCGGUAGUCAGCCGGUACUCGGGCGCCGCGGCGCCAGCGUCGCUCAUCCCUUCCCUCUUGGUUUCAUCCGCCCAGGCGGUCUUCUCUCGAAACACCACCGCGCGUCGUUCUCCCUGGGUGUGGUUCGAACAACAACACCGUGUUCCGAGACACCGCGUACACCUUUCAGGUGUCUCUUCCCGGUUUACGCGGAAUUCGAGCGUGUCUCGCGAGUGGACGAGAUUCGCUCGCGUGUGCUACCCUGACUGAGCAACAGCCGAGGCGGAGAGAGGGUAGUGGCGAGUAGGGUGGCUGGAGAGAGAGAGAGAGAGAGUGAGAAAGGGAGGGUAGGAGUGAGACGGCGCGAGUGGGGCGAGCCACCGACUCUGUUCAUCGAUUCUUUGCUUCGACGGUUCCUGUGAACGCGGCAUGAAAAGAGAACUCGCACCAAUGGGCGCGUUUCACCGGUCCUCCUCGUACUACGUGUGCGUGCGUGCUCCUCUUCCGUGCUAGGCCACCCCUUCGUCUCGGCCUUCUGCCUUACCUGGGCACCUACCUUCGCCGGAAUUUCUGGCGUUCCAUCGGGGGCGCAAUCUGGCGGUAGAACACGGGCGCAGGAAGGCUACUGUUCACCCUCCUCGGGAGCCUUGCACGCCUGGAGGUUAUGUUUCUUCGGAAUCCAUGACGCUCUGACAAGAGUGGAAGACGGACGGAGCGUGGGUGGCAACGGUCUCGCUAGGAGGUGUCGAAGCUGGCGCGAGGGGCGGGAGAGUCGGCGGUGGCCUGACUCUGGUACCGGUGGUAGCGGCGGAAAAGGAAGUCGUGCGAGCAGCGGAUCGGACGGAAGGCCUGAGAAAGAUCGGCGUAGCCUGCCGGAGGUGGGGAUUCGAUCUUCUUCGUCUCGUUCUUCUUCCUCCUGCACCCGUUCCCGGUGGUGGAAAGCUCGAGGACCCACGUUGGCCGUCGAAAGAAGCGUCGACGGCGUGACACAGGGCCCCGACCACUUUCCGGUUAGAAGGCAAACGAGAUAGAAGCCGCUCGUCCCUCGAAAACCACGUUCCAAGGCUCGCCGGAGGUUCAACCACCUCCACCUCCUCACGAGACACCCUCUUCCACCCUUGGCGGGUGUUCCCGUGGCCGACGUAUCACUAGACAGGCAACAUGAGCGAGCUGGACAAUCUUCGGCAGGAGGCGGAGGCUCUGAAGAAUGCUGUUCGAGAUGCUAGGAAAGCAGCAUGCGACACGACGCUGGUCCAGGCCACAUCGGGCAUGGAGCCCAUCGGCCGGAUACAGAUGCGCACGAGACGCACACUUCGCGGUCACUUAGCCAAGAUUUACGCGAUGCAUUGGGGCAGUGACUCAAGAAACUUAGUGUCUGCAUCGCAAGAUGGGAAGCUGAUCGUGUGGGAUAGUUACACCACGAACAAAGUUCACGCGAUCCCCCUGCGCUCUUCAUGGGUUAUGACCUGUGCGUAUGCACCGUCAGGUAGUUACGUGGCCUGCGGUGGCCUGGACAACAUUUGUUCCAUCUAUAGUCUUAAAACUAGGGAAGGAAACGUAAGAGUCAGCAGAGAACUCCCGGGUCACACUGGGUACUUGUCUUGCUGUCGAUUCUACGAUGAUAGCCAGAUUGUCACUAGUUCUGGGGACAUGACUUGUGCCCUGUGGGACAUAGAAACUGGUCAACAGUGCACCUCCUUUAUUGGACACACGGGAGACGUAAUGUCCUUGUCCUUGGCACCGGACCCCCGCACAUUCGUUUCCGGUGCGUGUGACGCCAGCGCAAAGCUCUGGGACAUUCGCGAGGGUUCCUGCAAGCAGACUUUCCCGGGUCACGAGAGUGACAUCAACGCUGUCACGUUCUUCCCGAAUGGAUUCGCAUUCGCGACGGGUUCAGACGACGCAACUUGCAGACUGUUCGAUAUAAGGGCGGAUCAGCAACUGGCGAUGUACAGCCACGACAAUAUUAUCUGCGGUAUCACGAGCGUAGCGUUUAGCAAGAGCGGUAGAUUAUUGAUGGCCGGCUACGACGACUUCAACUGCAAUGUCUGGGAUUCCAUGAAGGUUGAACGAGCUGGAAUCCUCACCGGCCACGAUAAUCGUGUGUCCUGCUUAGGCGUCACGGAGGACGGUAUGGCGGUAGCGACGGGCUCCUGGGAUUCGUUCCUACGUAUUUGGAACUAACUUGGGGUUAACUCCCAGACGUUCCUCCAAAGAACCAACUACAGCCAUUCAGCAUACAGUAUAAGCAUUAAGUACCACCACCUGACCACCGAAGUCGGCGUGUCCGUAUCCUCGACAGAGGCGAACUACUCGCCUAGUUCACCAGAGUUGACGUUGAUCAGAAAGUUUGGACCACCGAUAAACACCGGUAACAGCAGGAGCAAGAGCAAGGGCGGUAAGAAAAGCUACGACGGCGGCAGCAGCAACAACAGCAGCAGCAUCACCAACAACAGCAGCGGCACCACCAGCACCACCAGUAGCAGCGAGUUUAAGAACGUUUUGGGUUGUGGUGGACAAAAAGACUACCGGAGAAGCGUUGUCGACUUGACCUGGCGACGUGGCAAAGUUGGCGACAAGAUCACUCGUGAAUAUCAGCGCUUCUAGUACGAAACUAUCGUUCGUCCGACACUCGAACGUAAUUAUUAUAUAUCCAAUGAUGAUCGAGAGGGAGAGAGAGAAACGGAGAGAAAGAGAGAGAGAAAGAGAGAGAGAGAGAGAGAGAGAGAGAAAGAAAGAAAGAGGGACACAGGAAGAGAGUGAGCGAGUGAGAGAG